AUGGGAAAACUUAGCGACUCCGAACAGUGGGGGGUUCUUAAGAAUCCGUUCUCGCAGCUCUCGUCGUCAAGCGAUCUUAUCAAUGCCACGGGGAUAAACGCCAAUGCAAACAGAAACUCCCGGUAUUCUGCCGCCAACCGCAGCUCGUUUGUAGACACUGAAAGCAACAGCGACCGCGAGCUGACUCCGCUCUUUUCGUCCACUUCCACUGUGGACAUCAUUGCCCCCGCACGGUGCUGGGGCAAUUCCGAGGUGGUGUCACUCGCCGCCAGCUACUUCGAGGGCGACUGUGACACCAGUUCCGAGGGCCCAGCGAGAGUGGACCAGCGAGACUCGUGCAGUUUAUUGCCGCCGCGGAAACACCCGUAUCCGGCCAGUCUCAAGGCCAGCUAUCGCGCUAGCAAUGCAACCGGGGUGCCGGGAAUCCAACACCUAUUUCUCAAACAUGCAUCGCAACGACGCAGCUCGAUUGUGUACCCGAAAAGAAUCAAAGGGUGUUCGCUUGCUCCUGCCAACGAGCCCCGGGGCUUCCGAGGGUUCUCCAUCAGAUUACGCAGGGCAUUCACAUUCCCAGGCUUGAGACACCGGAGAAAAAAGAGCAAGGUGUCGGUGGAGGAGCCGCAACAGCCUCAGGAGAACACCGACGCGAUUUUGAAGAGCUUGCCCGAAAAGGUAACGGUGCCUGUCGAGAGCUUGUAUUCGCGAGUCUUGAAAGCCGCGGUGACUUUCGGGCUUGACGAGCCAACCGUGGGCUCGCUCAUCAUGAUCUUGGAAGAGGAUUCCGCGCUGGAACCAAUAACCUGA